UCCUGUAUAAAACAACAUUCAACAUUCUGAGUUCAGAGUUCAGAUCAUAAGAUUGUCACUCCGAAAUGGCAAAUGGUAACACCAAUACAGCACAAGCUACACAACAGCCACCAAAACACUUUAACCUGGUAAGAUUUCUCGCUACUUGCUUGCUAGCCCUUCUUGUUCUUGUUGGUCUAGCCGUGCUGAUCACAUGGCUAAUCAUUAGGCCAAAAAGGUUUGUUUACACCAUGGAAAAUGGUUCAAUACAAAAUUUCAACCUAACCAAUAACCAUCUCAAUGCCACAUUCGAUUUUGUCCUCAAGGCAUAUAAUCCUAAUAGCAGAGUCUCCCUCUACUACGAUUACAUUGAGUCUGCAGUGACAUACGAAGAUCAAACUCUGGCGUUCAACACAGUUGAGCCCUUCUUUCAACCUCAUAGGAAUGCGACCCGAGUGGAAUCGAAGCUCGCGGCUCAAAAUUUAGCAUUGUCACCAUCAAUAUUUAAGGACAUCAAGGUUGAAAAAGCUUCCGGGGAGAUCCAAGUUGAUGUUCAUUUUAAGUCAAAGAUUCGGUUUAAGGUAGGUAUAUGGAAGUCUAGGCAUCGUAAUCUAAGGAUUGUGUGUUCCUCAGUGACAUUGCACUUUUCUUGGUACAAGCAUUUCGACAAGGUACCAUGUGAAGUAGAACUUUAGUUUAGAGUGAUUUUGUUCUUCUCCUUCGGAAUUUGUUUCUCUUUCUUUUUUCCCCUUCUGCUACAUGGCUGCAUUGGUGUCUUGUUGUUGCCAUUUUUCUCUUCCAUGAUAUUCUUAUUGUUUUCUCUUUUGAUUAAUAUAUGGUUUGAAAAUUGUUGUUGCUCUUUUUACCCUUUAUCAUAAAACUUUGAGUAUGUAUCAAAAUCAAUGUAUUAAUCAGUGUUCACUA